AGCGGUGGUGGAGGCCGUGCACCGCCUGGAUCUCAUCCUCGGCAAUAAGGCGGCGUACCAGGAGGUGUUCAAGCCCGAGAACAUCAGCCUGAGGAACAAGCUGCGGGAGCUGUGCGUGAAGCUGAUGUUCUUGCAUCCCGUGGAUUAUGGCAGAAAAGCGGAAGAGCUGCUCUGGAGAAAGGUUUACUAUGAAGUUAUCCAACUCAUCAAGACGAAUAAGAAGCACAUCCACAGCCGCAGCGCCCUGGAGUGCGCCUACCGCACCCACCUGGUGGCCGGCAUCGGGUUCUACCAGCACCUGCUGCUCUACAUCCAGUCCCACUACCAGCUGGAGCUGCAGUGCUGCAUCGACUGGACGCACGUGACGGACCCGCUGAUGGGCUGCAAGAAACCCGUGUCUGCGUCGGAGAAGGAGAUGGAGUGGGCGCAGAUGGCGUGCCACCGAUGCCUGGUUUACCUCGGGGAUCUGGCCCGCUACCAGAACGAGCUGGCAGGUGUGGACACGGAGCUGCUGGCCGAGCGCUUCUACUACCAGGCGCUGUCUGUCGCGCCGCAGAUCGGCAUGCCCUUCAAUCAGCUGGGGACGCUGGCUGGGAGCAAAUACUACAACGUGGAGGCCACGUACUGCUACUUACGCUGCAUUCAGUCUGAAGUGUCCUUCGAAGGCGCCUCCGGGAACCUGAAGCGGCUGUACGACAAAGCGGCCAAAAUGUACCAGCAGCUGAAGAAGUGUGAGAGCAGGAAGCUGUCCCCCAGCAGGAAGCGCUGCAAAGACAUUAAGAGGCUGCUGGUGAGCUUCAUGUACCUACAGAGCCUUCUGCAGCCCAAGAGCAGCUCUUUGGAUUCUGAGCUGACGUCUCUGUGCCAGUCCGUGCUGGAGGAUUUCAACCUGUGCUUGUUCUACCUGCCUUCCCCUCCCAACCUGAGCUCAGUGAGCGAGGAUGAGGAGGAGUACGAGAGCGGCUACUCCUUCCUUCCCGACCUGCUCAUCUUCCGCAUGGUGAUCAUCUGCUUCAUGAGCGUGCACAGCCUCAGGCGUGCGGGCUCCAAGCAGUACAGUGCGGCCAUUGCCUUCACGCUGGCCCUCUUCUCUCACCUCAUCAACCACGUCAACAUUCGCCUGCAGGCGGAGCUGGAGGAAGGGGAGAACCCGGUGCCGGCGUUCCGCAGCGAUGGCGCAGAUGAGCCGGAGCCGCAGGAGCCCCUCAGCGCCACGGAGAAGGAAGGUGAGGCAGAGCUGCCCAAUCACCACCCCAGGGAGGAGGAACGGAAACACGACUGCAAGAAAAGCAAGAAAUACUCACGGCUUUCCUGCCUGCGCCGCCGCCGGCACCCGCAGAAGGCGGAUGAGAGCGACCUGAGCGAGGGCUUCGACUCCGACUCCAGCCAGGGCUCCACGAAGGGCAGCGACGGCUCCGAGAGCGGCUCAGAGAAGAGCGACGAGGAAGCAGAGGCCGCUUUUGACGUGGAGACGGACUCUGACAUGAACAGCCAGGAGUCGCGGUCCGACCUGGAGGACAUGGAGGACGAGCCGGGCAAGGAGGGCAGCGAGCGAGGCCAGAGCGGGGCCGGGGAGGGCCUAAAAAACGGCGUGGAUGGCAGCGGGUCGGGGGACUGCAAGAACACGAGCGGCUCUAAAAUGGAGAGUGCGGAUCCAGCCAUAAACGGGCCCGUGUCCCUGAGCGCCAGCGACGCCAGCAUCGCCAGCAACCUGCAGGCCAUGUCCACGCAGCUCUUCCAGACCAAGCGCUGCUUCCGCUUGGCCCCCACCUUCAGCAACAUCCUGCUGAAGCCCAGCGCUGAGCCGCCCGCCUCGAAGGGCAGCUUGGAUGGCAAGCCCUGCAUCAACGGCGAUGUGGAGAAGCCCAGCUCGGCGGAGCAAGGUAAGGAGCCACACGUGCUGUGCCUCUGCGCUGCGAGCUGCGUGCUCACAGCCGUCUGCUCACAUGAAGAGGUGCAGCAUGAAUCUCACGGGCAGUGAUGGGGCGUGGGGGAU